UGACAGCACCACAUGCUGUUUUCAUGUACAGUAAAUGCUAAGGGUUUACACUGAUGUCUUGGGACGGUGGGAGCUGAUGAUCUGCAUAUGCCCACCAGAAUUAAGGAAGUUUCAUUAUUAAAAUAUGAAAACUGAAAUCUGCCUGCUUAAUUGUCGAAUAAUUACCGAACAAAAGUUUUUUUUUUUUUUAUUAUAACGACCUUUAAUUUUCGCCGUCACCGUCCAUCAGUCUAUAGAGGGAGCCAUUGUAUCCCACGGAUGGUUUGUGCAUCCCGGUGAGAGAAAACCCCGGAGCUGAACCUGCACGGUACACCAACCCCCAAGUAUGUCAUACUGUACUAACCGCAUGUUCAUCACAACUUUGCUCUCCGUCAAACAUCUAACAUCCACUGCGCCAUCGGAACGGCCUGCACGCCCAUCUGCUUCGCGCACGCUCGGAUUUGCAGCAACACGAACAUGGGGACGUCGUCUGCAGCGCGUCAGGGGAGUUGGGUAGCCGCAGGUGAUCGCAGUGCUCUCCGACGCUUUGUCGACAUGCUGGGAAUCUGCGUGUGUCUCUGUGCGGUUUUCACACAGGUUAUCCCUCAGGAGACUGAAGAGCCCAUCACUUACUCAUGCACAGAGGGAUACACUUAUGACAAAGUUAGAGAGCAGUGCAGAGACAUUGAUGAAUGCAAACUAUUGAGCGAUGCCUGUAAAGGAGGGAUGCAGUGCAUCAACAACUUUGGUGGAUACCUCUGCCUGCCCAAGAGCGCCGUCAUCUAUUUAACCAAGGAGGAGACUGAUCAGGCCCCACUUCCUGACUCGGUACCCCAAAACCCUGUCCCAGCCAGCCAGCCUCAUCUCCCUCCUGUGGUAUCAGGUGGGCACAGGGGACAACAGACCAGCCUGACCAUUCGUUGUGCGGCGGGUUUCGCUGCUGAUGAGCAGAACAUCUGCAGAGACGUAGAUGAAUGUGCAACAGGCCGAGACACUUGUGGGCCUGAACAGACGUGCCACAACACCAGAGGGUCCUUCAUGUGCCAAUGUCCUCAGGGCUAUCAGAGGAACGGAGCCCACUGUGUCGACAGAGACGAGUGCACUCUGUACCAUUACUGCGUGGACAGGUGUGUUAACACUCAAGGCUCAUACUACUGUGAGUGCAACGCAGGUUUCAAGCUGGCCAACAACAACCACAGCUGUGUUGAUGUGAAUGAAUGCGAUGUUCAGAGCCCCUGCCAGCACCACUGCUACAACCUGAUUGGCUCCUUUCUCUGCCAGUGUGACCACGGUUUUGAGCUGGCAGCCGACAUGGUCUCUUGUGAAGACAUCGAUGAGUGCAGCUUGUCGGACUACAUGUGUCAGUACCAGUGUGUCAACAACCCUGGGAGUUACGCUUGCGACUGCCCACAAGGAUACCAGCUGCAAGGAAACAGAUUGUGUCAAGACAUAAAUGAGUGUGAGACGGGCACCCAUAACUGCCAAGAUGAUGAAAUGUGCUGGAAUUAUUAUGGAGGCUUCCGGUGCUACCCGAGAAAUCCCUGUGAGCCGCCUUACACCCAGACCUCUGAGAAUCGCUGUAUCUGUCGGUCUCAAGAUGUGUGCCAGAGUCUCCCGCCGUCAAUAGUCUACAAAUACAUGAGCAUCCAGGCGGACCGAACUGUUCCAGCUGAUAUCUUCCAGAUCCAGGCCACCAACAUAUACACCAACACACACAACACCUUCAGGAUUAAAGCUGGGAAUGAGGGUGGAGAGUUUUUCCUUCGGCGUUCCACCAAUGUGAGUGCCAUGCUGGUGCUGACCAAGCCGUUGUCGGGGCCCAGGGAGUAUAUUGUGGACCUGGAGAUGAUCACCCACCAUCUGAACAUGAACUAUCGCUCCAGCUCGCUGCUGCGGCUCACCGUCAUAGUGGGGCCCUACACCUUCUGAGGGGUGCAAGUUCCAGCAGCCCACCUGAUUCUGGUUUCAGAAAAACAUAGCGAAUGCCUGUAUCAGCAUGACAUACUUUACAUUUUCACUCAGUACUUGCAUAUAUCAUAGGCUGAUUUCAAUUCAGACAGCCGCUACAGCAGUUCCUAUACACCUUAUUUGCGCAAGUCAUACCACACCUUGCUAUAAUGUGAUCACAGGGCACAUAGAUCUGUCUAGAUUAAUGACAAAGCCCUGAAGAUUGAACAUGGCGCAUAUUUUUUAUUCUUAAAGUAAACUUUUUUUUGAAUUCCUUGAAGAUAAAGGAAACUGAUUGCUGCCUUUUUACAUACAGUGAUUACUUACAAUUUCCUAAACAACUGGGAACCAAGCAGCGUCACAGAAAGUAACAGUGAAUUUGUGACGCAGCUGUAACUACAUGUAUCACCCUUUUUCAGAUUAGUACCGCUCUCAGUAACUUGGCAAUGCAGCAAUUAUGAGAAAGAGAGAGAAAUCUCAACAAAUACCCAGCAUGAGCAGCUUUUUUUUUAUACGAGAAUAAUGUACACUUUGUAAACCACGGCUUCUGUUGGUCAGUUCGGUUUUGGCCGCUGCACCAUCUUAUUUGUGCAAGUUUUAGUCUAGUUUGCCCCCACGAGUAAUAAUUUUCCAAUAAAGUCCAGGAAAAGUUCAAAAUGUAAAGGGAGGCAAUUAGCCGGUGAGCUGAGAGAGCCCUAAACUUGUGUUACAACAGGCUUGACGUUUGUCGACUUCACUCACGGGAGUAAAGUCAUGUACAUACCUAGGUAACAAAUCUGUGUGUUUGUGCGCGAGUGAGUGCUGGUGCGAGUGUGUGUGCGCGUGCCUCGCUUUGUUUAUGCAUGCAAGCAAAAUUAAGUGUGAAGCACAGAGGGAGAGGAAAGGGAAAGAGUGAGAGAGAGCUUGUUCUCGGUGAAUGUGUUUAUGCUUCUCUGUGAUGCCAUCCCAACAGCUUUCAGUCACACAGGCAAUAACAGAGAUCUUUGAACUAGAGAACACAUACAGGAAAUGACGGCCGCCUUUCAUAACACACAUUGGCUAAUGAGACCGCUCGUCGGUGCCACAGAUAUUCUCCAGAGGAGCAGCUGAACCGUCUAAUGUCGGGCCCAGUCAAGAAGUCACACUGGCAUCAGGCUAGCUUGCGUGAUAAAGAUAAUGGCACGGUGUUUUUUUCCUUGUAGCGGCUUCCUGUGUGACACGGUGGAUUAUUAAAGUGUUAAUACAAUCAUAUGAGACUUUUGGCAUCACAAAAAAUGUUUCACUACCUGCUUUGCCGCGCAUAAAUCCUCGUGUCUCCUCUGGUUUAUUGCUGAAACACUGUCAACUGUUGACACACAACACUGAAAACCAAAAUGUUGUCACAGCUCUGGAAGUGCAGAAAGUUAUUUUGCUUUGCCAAAAACUCUUUUAUGUGUGAUUAUGCAGUGGUGCCUCAGAUGUAUGAACGCACACACAAAAAAUAAAUAAGAAAUGUAAUGCUAAUCGAAUCAUUCAAGCUGUCAGGACUGUUAACAUUCAUCGGUGAGAUGCCUUAAUGUUUUUUUCUCUUCUAUUUAAGAUAUGUUUUGUCAUAUGUAUCUCAUAUUAAUUGUACUCUGAAGAGCAAAAGCUACAUUGACAAAUAAAAUACAAUAUAAAAAUGA